AAAUUUUGACCUGAAAGUCCUCAAAGUCUUUCUUCCUCUGUUCCUUACCACCUCACCGGAAAUUUUAGGUAAAUUCAUCUCCGAUUAUCUUUGAUUCUUCAAAUCUUUCAUUCGAGAAUCAAUUAUUUAGCCUCUGUUUUCUCAUGUUCAAACUAUAAUGAAUUUGAGAAUCAAUUAUUUGCAAGACAUCAUCUUUGUUUUGAUUCGAUUAGGCAGUUGCUUGAAACCUGUAAGAUGGAAUUAGGCAUCUUCUCCUCAUCUUAUGCAUGUAAAAUGCUAGAAUAGCUCCUUGAUUUUGAAUUUACAUUCCCAAAUUUUAUGAUUAUGGAGCUUGCACCGAUAGGAGCGAUCUUAGCCUUGCUCACGAAGCAGGUUAUCAAAACCGCUCAGGCUGCAACUGAUGUUGUCUUUGAGAAGGAGAGUUUCAAGGUGCUAUCAAAACACCUCUUCGACAUAGAGCCUGUCUUAAGAGAACUCCAGCUUAAGAAUCCCAAUGAUUCUGAAGCUGCAAGGCAGGCUCUAGAGUUUCUUGAAACCGAUGUUCGAAAAGCUACCAAUCUGGUUAACAAAUACAAAGACUGCGCUCGUUUCUACUUGCUGAUCAAGUGCAGACACAUUGUGAAGGAAGUGCAGAAUGUGACUAGAGACAUCGGAAAAUCAUUGGCCGCCUUGUCCUUAGCGAACGUCGAUGUUCUCCAGGGGGUAUCCAAGGAGGCAAUUAACCGUCUGCAAGACGAGAUGCAAAGGGCAGAAUUCGAGGCCUGCCUUUCUCGCCUUCAAAUUGUGGAUAAGUUAAACCAGGGUUUAACUGAACAGAAACUUAACCAAGGCUUUGCCAACAAUAUUCUGGAGGAGAUAGCUAGGGCAGUUGGAGUGCCUGUUGAGCCAACUGUAAUCAAUAAAGAGAUGAAGAGUUUCAGAAGAGAAAUGGAAGAAGCUGCGAAUAGAAAAGAAAAGGCGGAGGUUCUCUUCUUGGAACAAGUCAUCGAGCUGCUCUCUCGAGCCGACGCUGCUAGAGACUAUGAAGAAAUCAGAAAACAAUACUUCCAGAGACUACAGAUAGUCGAACAACUCGAUCCUAAAGAUAGAUAUAUAGAACAGUUCAAAGCCUUUACCUGCUGCAUAACAGGAAAGGUGAUGGAGGAUCCUGUUAGCCUUUCCAGUACUGGAACAACGUGCGAGAGAUCAGCACUCAAGGCUUGGUUGGAACAAGGUGAGACAACUGAUCCUGACAGUGGAGAACCGCUAUCGGAUUUCUCUUACAGGCCUAACCUACAGCUUAGUAAAUCGAUCCUGGAGUGGAAAGAACUCAAUUACUGUGUUGGAAUCAGAUCCUGCAAAGGAAAUCUAUUGUCCGACAUUGAUUCAGUGGAAGUAGCUUUAGGACAAUUACAGGGUCUUAUAAGAGAGAAUCCAAUCAACAAAGAUUGGAUUUCCAUUGCAGGCCUGACUGAUAUAAUUAUCUCAAUUCUUCCAAGUACAGACAGCUUAGAUGUGAAAGAGAAGAUAUUAAUCACCUUAAAGGAGCUCAUAGAAGAAAACCCAACAAAUAAGGACAAGUUGGUAGAAUUGGGAGGAUUCGAGUACAUCAUCCCAUGCCUGAUAUUAGGCCGGAACAUGUCUGAAGCUGCAGUUGAUUUGCUAUAUGAACUGCUGCAUGUUGGCUCUAGUUGGAAGGCAUCCUUCUGCGAACAACUCUGUAAGCAAUCUAAUGCAGUCGAAUAUUUAGUGGCUAUACAUAUUGGUGGUGAUAAUGAUGAAAAGGCAGGAGAAAUCUUGACAAGGCUUUUUGAAGGAAACGAAUUAGCCACUGUUCGUGCUGCUAAGACGGGCUGGUAUGAGCCACUCGUGGGUCAUAUAAACCGUACAGGUUCAGAGUCGUUAAGAGUAGAGUUAGUGAGAGGGAUAGUUUCCAUGGAACUUAAUGAACGGGAUUUGAAGCUUCUUGGCGAAGAAGGACUAAUACCUUCCCUUCUCGAAAUGGCUUCGGGUAAUAUUGAAUCAAAAGAGAUAUCUCUAUCAGCGCUCUCGAAACUAUCAAUCUGCAAAGAAAACAAGAAUCUGAUUGCAUCUUCAGGUGGAGUUCCUCUAGUUAUAAAGUUAAUGUGCUCGUUUCAAUUCCGAACAUUCAUCAUCAAUAAAUGCUUGGACAUCCUGGAGAAACUUUCCUCGAGAGGAGACGGAACAAGAUUCUUUGUGGACGAAAACGGUAUGAAACUCGAUCAAGAAUCCAUUGUAGGUAGCUUAUUUGCAUUCCUGCAAAAUCCGCGUCCUUCAUAUACAUUACAUAAACCGGCUCUUUACACCCUUCUCGCGAUAUUAAAAUCCGAAUCCGAGCUCAUCGAGGAAUGUGUUUUCACUUCUGACGGGGUCUCUCUAGUUCUUCCUUUCCUAGACAACUCAGAUCCCGAUAUAAAAAAAGCUGCCAUAAACCUUUUAUACAUAUUCUCAGAGUACAAGACAGAAGCUAAUGAAUAUCUACAAAGGCCACUGCGAAUCGAAACUUUGAUGGGUUUUCUCGAUAACAGAAACCGAGACGCCCAAAUGGCUGCAGCUGGUUUACUAGCCAAUCUCAUGAAAUCAGAAAGACUACUGAUCAAGAAACUGAUAGAAUUAAACGGUUUGAAAGCAAUUGUGAACGCGUUAAGAACUGGAGCCAUGGACGUAAAAGAAAACAUUCUAACCGCCCUCUUCCCUUUCACAGAUGACCCAACCGACGUGGAUUCACAGAGAUACAUGGUUGAGCUAGGUGCCUAUCCUUUACUUGUGAGCCUGGUCAAGGAAGGUUCGGAUAUUGCCAAAGAAAGAGCAGCAUGUCUUAUUGCUAAUCUUUCUUCUAGUACUCCAAAGCUUACUGUUUUUCAUAAAAGAGCCAACAAUUAUUGGUGUUUUUCUUAUAACAAGCUUGAUAACAGACUUUGUUGUGUGCAUGGCGGUUUGUGUACAGUCUCGACUACUUUCUGUAUGUUAGAGGCUAAUGCCUUGCCGGAGCUUGUGAAUGUUUUGAUAGAGAAGGUUGAACCGGCUGCUUUUCAGGCAAUUCGUGCGAUAUCAACUCUUAUCUGGAACGAUUCUUGUGUUGAGGGAGGCGCAUGGGCUCUGCAUGGAACGUGUGGGAUUAGACCGCUGUUGGAAGUUUUGAAUUGGGGAACAGAUUCUUUGAAGGAAGAGGCGUUGAGGGUUUUGGAGAAGGUUUUUAUGUGUAGGGAAAUGGUGGAAUAUUAUGGAUUAGAAGCUAAAGAGAUUCUAUCUGGAUUGAUGAUUUCUUGUCAAAGCAAUAAUAUUCAUAUUAGUGGAAAUCUUCCAAGGGAAGGACUUUAUCGGGUUUUGUUGCUAGUUGAAAGGAGAUCAAGAUCGUCUUCUUCUCUUAACCGCUGAUGAAAAAUAGUUCUAGAUCUCCAUUGUUCUACUUGAGAUGUUUACUAGCUUUUUCAGAUUCAUGAUGCAUAUAUAUAUAUAUAUAUACAUGAUUUGAUUUAUUCAUCAUUUCUAUAAAAAUUGAAUGUAUUUGUUGGAAACAUUUUGGUUUGUAAAACUUUUAUUUAUCAUUAACAUAAAAUAGUAUGAAUACUCAUUCUUCCACUC